UCGCAACGAUAACAUCAACUUACCUAAUCACCACCUUCUUACAUUUCUUCAUUCGUGGCCUGGAUCAGUAGCCAUUGGAUUGUAGAAAACGAGAAGAUGGCGGAGGAUUACACCAUGGAGGUGGACACGCAGGUCAACCCUCCCAAAGAGGUGGCCACUGAUGCCCCUAGACCUCUUUAUAUCGACCUUUGGAGCCAAGUCGAUAAGUUCCUUGGCGACCUCAACCUCUCAUCUACUUCAAGUCAUUCACCUAUCUCUAUCCCCGACAUAUUUUUCAGUUGUUCAGCUUCGAAUCAAGCGUCUGUUUCCAUAAAACAACUUCUUCAAGCCCUUUCAUCAUUGGCAUCGUAUCCAGGAGUCUUCAAUCAUGUCCAGUUGAGAUUUCAGCCAAUUUUGAUGGAUUUGCUAGCUCGCUGGAUAGAAGAGUCAGAGUCUUUGGACUAUGAUCUGCUUGAACGAAGAUUAUCAAUUCUCUCACUAUUAGUGGAGAUCAAUCCAGAGUUCUGGAGUCUGGUACAUACAUUCAUCCUACGGACUCCUUUUAGGAAUGGCCCUUUGGCUCUUGUUGAUUUCAAUAAUCUACCCACGAUCCCUACGGCGCGAUUACACAUAUUACUUCUAAUCUAUCUGCGACUUAUAAUUGUCGAUCCUUCCAUUGCAACUCGCAAUAAUUGGCCUAUCACGCAACUCUACACCCUUAGAACUGACCAUCCCGACCAAGGAUUACGGCUACUGGCAAUUCAAGUGCUCGCCCGUCAACAGAAGUGGAGUGAGAAGAAGAGAAUGGAGGCUGAGAAGACUUUUGUCGGCAAUGUGGCGGACAUCGAUGCGGAGGUGCUUUUCGGUUUCGAGACUGUGAUAUUACCACAAGGGGGUUUUCAAAUCCAAGAAGUGAAGAUAGACGGAUGGAUGUUGCCUGUGAUCGAGUCAAAAAGGAUUAAUGAAGCUCGGCGACAUGCUGCGAAAGCGUCAACCAUCAGUUACCUGCAUGUUCCAGUCAUUGACCGGUCGGAUCUAUGUUCUCGAAUUGUCCUUGUCGCAGAUCAAUUGAUGCUUCGAUCUUCCGCUCUCAACCCUCUUUUUACCACCAUGCACGUACGCACAGCGCCUACUGAUGAGGCGCUUCGGGCUUUAUGCCCCCUUAUCCAACGCUCAUCUCCAAUACUGCUCACCUCGCCUCCUUCUUCGGGGAAGACGCACAUCCUCCAGUACCUCUCGUCUAUGCUUUUCCCGUCUCAGCGGCCUUCCAGCCGAAUAUUGACCAUUCCCCUUGCCGACACUUCCAUCGAUGUUAAAAGCCUCAUCGGGACAUAUGUUUCCUCGCCUAACAAGCCAGGAACAUUUGAGUGGAUGGAAGGAGCUUUAGCGAAAGCCAUUAGGGCAGGACGGUGGGUUGUGUUCGAGGAUGUGGACAGAGGGAGUACCGAAAUGCUGGUGACUCUAGCAGGAAUUGCCAGGAGCCUUCGUAGUGCCCGCCCCGGCCAGCGAGCCAUGCUUGCUGUACCAGGGAGAGUUACUGUUGAAGCGGGCGACGGCUUUGGUCUCUUUGUGACGAGAACAACUCGACAAGAACAUACAGCACCCACAUUUUACGCCCAUCACAUCUUCUCGGAAGUUUUUCUGGCCGCACCUUCCGACGAAGAUAUUCUGGCUAUCCUCACAGCACGCUUCCAGCGCCUACCGAAAACUGUUCUUACCACGUUGGUAAACAUCUGGCACGAGCUUCGGCCUUUUGACAAGCUUUCUGGACAGGUCAAGGCGAGAGACAUUGGUCUGCGUGACCUUGAAAAGUGGUGCGCGAGAGUAGAACGCAAUCUCCCAUCUUCCGCUUCUCUGGUCGCAUUAGAACAGUCCGGUUCUGUAUUUGCCAACUCUGUCUUGCAGGAUGAGAUUUUUCUAGAAGGUGUUGACAUUUUUGUUGCGUCUCUGGACACGAAGAAAGUAUCUCGAGAAAAGCGGAAGCAGAUGGUUGACAUCAUUGCGCGUGGGUUAGGCAUGGAUGAAGACCGGUUCAUGGCGCUAGAUAGUCGAAAGCCAAAUUUCGAAGUCAGCCCUGCCUCCCGGCAACUUCACAUAGGACGUGUAAUCAUGGACAUGGGGGCACCUGAGAAAGGCCGUCGCGACACUUCCUCAAGCGCUCGGCCCUUCGCGUUGACCAAACCUUCUUUGAUUCUCCUUGAGCGGAUCGCAGUCUCGUUAACGCUUGGUGAGCCGACUCUGUUAGUCGGUGAAACUGGUACUGGUAAAACCACUGCCGUUCAACACAUCGCUUCAAUUGUUCGCAGGCCUUUGACCGUCCUCAAUUUAUCUAUGCAAACUGAAAGCAGUGACUUAUUGGGAGGUUUCAAGCCCAUUGAUGCUUCGGUUGCCGCUCGAUCUAUCCAUGCUCGAUGGCAAAAGCUAUUCUGCGAGACUUUCGCCAUGGGCAAGCCAGCAAACGGUGCUUAUGUUGAGGCGGCAUCUAGAGCUUUGAGUGGGCGGAAGUGGGCUAGAUGCGCAG